AGAUCUUCUGCGUAAGAGCUAUCUUCGUUUUAUCCCUGAGUCUCGGUAUACUUCGCUUCUCUAACAUCACCGUUAAUGCUUAAUACCCAAGCUCGUGACCUUGCCUGUACCUGCGAGCGGCCUAUGAAAGAAGCUUCUCUGCCUUCUUCAUCUAGGCUCACCUCAUCAAAUUCUUUCGGGGCUAUCAUCUAAAACCACACUUGCAGGGCUGUUUUCUUUUCCAUUGCCAGGGAAGUUCUCCUGCACCAGUUUCUUUGCAAUCUUUGUUGAGGUGAUAUUAUGGAUGUGCAAGCCUUCGCGCGACUAUCAAAAAAGCUGUCGAAGGUCCCGAAGAAGAAGAAGGAGGAAGGGCCCUCGGCGAAUCAACCCCUCGUCGAUGAAGUCUUGAAGAAGGCUGGGGCUUCUAAGACUCCGGAAGAUAAGGAGUCCACUAAGGAGGUUCCUUCUGCUGAUGCCGGUGCUGGUGCCGGGGGUUCCCAAGUUGGGGAGCUUAAGAGAAAGAACACCGGGAAGGGCUCCAAGCCUCCGGUAACUAAGAAGUUGAGGGGGGCCGAUGAAGUUAAGGGUGCCCCCCUGGUGAUCCUUGAAGAGCCCUCCUCCUCUCAUCUAGUGGACCUUGAUGAGGGGGCUUGGCCGCAGGAGACGGUGCAGUUCUCCUUUAAGAAGGGGACGGCUAUCGUCCAUGGAACCCUCGACCCAAGGGAAUAUCUGGAGGGCGCCACUCCCCCCUUAGACCGCUCGACCCUCGGCAAGUUUGAGGAUGAAGCCCUCGAACGGAAAGCACUUGAGGCUUCAGUCACGGCUAGCCUGGCCUUCGGAGAAUAUGUCCGGAGAAUGGAACAGCUUCGCCUCCGGAAGGCGGAAGACGAUGAGGCCCUCAAGAGGCUUGUCGCCAAGAACACCGAGGCCAUCAGGAAGAUGGCUGAGCUGGAGGAGGCCCUGAGGCAGGCGGGCGACAAGCUGGAGGCCGCGAGGGUGGAGGCUCGCGCCGAGGGGAAGGCUGAAGCGGAGAAAGCCGCUGCCGAAGCCACAAAGCAAGCGGCCGAGGAAGCUGAGAAGGCCAAGGCUGAGGCCGCGGCCAAGGCCAGGGAAGACGGCAUCGCUUCCUUCCUCGCCGAGGGGUGGAAAACCGAGGAGCACAAAGAAUGGGUGGCCUCGGUCAUAAAGCAGGGUGUUGAUGCUUGGGUGAAAGGCCCCGGGUCUGAAUGGAUGGCCCUGAAGGGCAAAGAUUACUUUGACGGGGGCGAGUUCUUCACUCAGCGUCUCAUCUACCGGAAGCUGGCGGAGCACUUAAAAAUUCCCAAGGACAAAUUUGACCCCUCGGCCUAUGGUCUCCCCCUUCGGCAGCCUGAUGUGAGGGUCCCCCUUCCGGAGGGUGAGGAGAGGGUCCAACUCGCGGACUCUGAGCUGAUGAGGGAGUACAACUUGGCUGAUGAUGAAGGGGAGAUUGAGGAUGAUGCUACUUCAAAGGCCAAGGAAGACGCAGCUGGGAGCGCCCAAGCUUGAUGCUGCUUUGAAAUUUUUGACUUGUAAUAGCUCAUAGGCUUCGGCAAAUUGUAAACAAGCAUCCUUGUUAAUACUCUGUUUCGUUUUUUCAAUGAAUGUGAUAUGCCUCCGGGUUUCUUUAAUGAGUGGUUGCC